AUGGAGGGUGGACUCCUUUUGGAUGUUGUAAUCAGCGAGUGUGCGACCGUCUUCAAGCUGCUUACCGGCAAAGAUAAGCCUCUGCUGAUCCGGAGGGAUUCCUUCCUUAUCCUGGAUCUUAGCCUUAACAUUGUCAAUAGUAUCAGAACUUUCAACCUCCAAAGUGAUGAUGACCUCACUUCUUGCGCGGUUACUAAAACAUUGAAUGUAGGAUUGUCCAAAUCUUGA